CGGCAGCGGGUCACCAUCCGCACAGCCGAAGCCUUUCUUUUAUUUCGAGACACGCGGCAAGCCCCCAAAGUCAGGUAACGCCUCCUGAGGCGACUUGAGCUUUGCACAUGCCGCAUCGAGGAGCCGCCUCACGAACGACCGCACACUGCGAGCAUCGACGAGCCCGCGCACAGCCCGCACGAACGCGGCGGCUCCCGCGCAGCCCCGGAGCAUUCCAACUGCACCCCCCAGGUCGCCUGGCUCAGCAUGACGUCGAGCGCGCCUCCCCCCGCCCUUGGGAACGAGAAUGUGAAAGCUGGAGGGAUGCGCAUUGUCCAGAAGCAUCACAGCAGUGGAGAGCAUCUGAGCCAAGAGAGAGACAAAGAUGCCAAAGACUGGGAAUGUGACAGCCCCCCCAAGCAAACUCUGAUUAUAUCAGGAGCCAUAACAAGGGGUGACAAAGACUUCCCUCCAGCAGCGGCCCAGGUGGCACAUCAGAAACCACAGCCUUGCGUGGAAAAGCUACCCCCUCACCAUCACAUCAAUCAGCAUAUUCACCAGCCCCGCAAAUGACCCAUCUGGAAGCAGCAUCUGGGACUGAAAAGGGGAUGGGGAGCCAGGCCACACCUUGUGUUGGAGCUAGACAAGAGCUAGACAACAUCCUUUGUAUUUAGUGAUGCUUGAUUUGCCUUUAUUUUCAUUCCACCCCAGCCUCUCACCCUGACAUUUGGUUGCUGUUUAGAGCUUUUAAAAUAUAUAUUUUGAAAAAUAUUUGUGUGCGCUUUUAAACACAGUUUUAGGAGGAAGGGGCACUGGUAAGCUAAAACAGUUUGUGUGUUCCUGGGGCGUUAGACGUAGAUCCCAGCACUUCAUUGCAAUUAAGGGUUUAUCUUAAGUUAUUGGUGCAGCUUGGAGUCGCUAUUUGGAAUUUAGAUGGUUGUGUAUAAAUAUGGAGCCAACCCUCUUGCUUUUUAAACGGAACAGGUUGACUUCAGGGAUCUCCAUGCAAUGGGAGUUAGAGGAUUUGUAUAUCUUAAGCAGUAGGAUGAUUUUGUGGAAGGGCUUGAUAUCAAACACUAAUGGGGAGAGGGGAAAUUAAAGGCACAUGAACUGCAUGCACAUGAGCUAGACAGUUGUUUUCUUUUGCUUCUCUGUGCUGACACCAGACGACUUGUCAGAGCUGCCUAUUGAUAGGAAAGGCACCAGUAAACUGUGGUGGAGUGGUAGUUAGGUAGCAGUCCCACUAGCAGCAUGAACUGUUCCAGGCUCCACUAAAUAGUGAGAUGACCAUGUGCUCUGAAAGAGAAUGUAGCUGUGUGGAAGGUUCUAAAAUGGGCUAAAUCCAUCCUGGACCUUUUUUCUUUUUUCCUGAAGAAGUGGGGUAUAGAAAGCAUCUUUUGAAGCUAUAACCUGGGAUUGUUGUUAAGAGUUGUGGGCUCAUCAAGUUUUACAACUACAAUCUGAGCUUACUCAAAGCUUAGGGCCUUUCAGAUCCAGAUUAUUAGAGUCACCUUUGAGUUUCAGGGAGCUUGUUAAAGCAGGGUGUCUGUCUUUAGCUAGAGGCUAACUGGGUUCAGUGGGGUCCAUUAACAGCUGCUCUCUUGAUUUUAAUAGAGUAGCAUUUGCUUAGCUAGUUGGUGAAUUAAAAAAGCCUCGAUUUGUGUUCUAGAACAGUGUGGUGAUAUACCCUAUUGCUGUCCCUCAUAAUUAAACACUGUGAGCAGGCUUUGAAACUGGCCUGAUGCUUUAGCUGUAGGGAGACUCCAUUACUGACUUGUGUUGCUUUGUGAAAGCAAAAAUGAGCCUUAUUCUUUAGGCAUUAAGCCAUAAACUGCAUGGUAUGUUUUCUGUUGUCAUUUGGGGUUUUUUCUGUUUUGAUUCCUUCAUGCUGCCUCUGACUCAGACCAGACUUGCAGCAUUUUGUCAUGGGCACUUUGUCAUGAGAAAAUACUUCUGUUCUGUUUGGCCUUGUGUGAAUUCUUAACUGCCAGGAGAAGGCAGCCAGGGCAGUUUAGGAGACCGUGGGUCUUUCUGAAAACAGAACCUUUUAGAAGCUGCUUUUUAUUCUUGUAUUUGACCAAACCAAACGUGUAGCCCAGAGCUCUGACAGCAAACCCAAAUCUUGUCUGCAGUCAGGAAUUCUGCUGCAUCUACAGCUGCAUUUUGGGCAGCUUGUUCUUCAGACCUCGAAUCAUUUUCUCUUCACUGGCAUGGGCCACACAUACACUUUCUGGUAGGCCUGUGCAAAGCGGCUAGUAUUCACUUUGGAUUAGGCCGAUUUGGGGGACAGUGAUUUGAUUUGGUGAUUCGAAUCACUGUCCCUAACUGAAUCCGACGAAUCUCCAAAUUGAACAGGCCCCAUCCCCUGCCCACUCUCCCAGCCCUGUCAAUGGCUGCCCCACCAGGCCCCAGCAUCCUGGUGCUUUAAAAAAAAAAAAAAAAAGCCUCACCAGCUGCUGCUGGGGGGGUGGGAUCCCCGCUGUUCCCCACUGCCCCAUGUUGCUUGGGGGCUGUGCCAUAAGCUCCCAGAAGCUCUGACGGCUGCUGCAGCAACCGGUGAGUGCAGAGGGUUUUUUGUUUUAAAGAGCCCGGAUGCUGGGGUGGGGGGCUAGGGGGGAGGGGAUGGGGAUGGGGGGCAGCUAUCGACGGGGCUGGGAGAGCAGGCAGGGUUGGGGGCUUGUGGCAGAGUCCCCUACACAGUGCAGGGCAGUGGGGGUUGCUUCCCCUUCCUCCCCCCUCUCCCCCCCGGCCUGGCAGGAGCUGGUGAGUGCAGGCCUUUUUUUUUUAAGGAGCCGGGGUGCUGGGGCCAGGUGGGGCAGACAUUGAUGGGGCUGGGAGAGUGGAUUGGGGGUGCUCAGGUAGGCCGGGGAAGCAGGCAGGGGAUGGGGUCUGGCAGGUGUCCCCCCAUGGUCCUCUCCCCCCUCCUCCAAAACCGUCCCCCGCCCCCUAGUUAUUGGCACAGAGUCCGGGCCCAGCUCCCUGCAGUGGUGAGUGGGGACUGCCUGAAUCUCCGAAGCUCUCUGAAUCUUUUCCAGAUUGAUUCAGAGAGCUUCAGAUUAAUUCAGAGCUUUUUAUCGGUCUCACGAUUUGAUUUGGAUUCGGAGAUUCAGCUGCUGAAUCGGGCCAAAUCUCCUCCAGAUUGAAUCAGCACCUGAAGCUUCACACAGCCCUAUUUUCUGACACAGUUCGUAUUUUAGAGGAGGUCCUGGAAGCUGCAUUUGUCUCUGUGGUGUUUGGGAAGAACAUGCUUUGUGUUAGGCUGACAGGGGCACAUACAGAUGGGGCAGAUCUAGAUGUUGUGUGCGCCACAGGGCAUCUUGAAAAAUGAUGCAUUUGCCUGCUUGUAUAUAUGCUGGCAGGUUCUAGGGAUGCUCUGAUAAUGUGUUCUCUGAACACCUGGGAUCAGAAUCCAGUCUGGCCUUUGCAAGUGUACAGCAUGUGGCAAAAUCUUGAGUGUUGUUCUGUUACUGAUGUUGUGACUUCUCCAACAAAGGAAGCGUCUUAAUUCACAGCUUAAAUUUUAUCACUGUUCAAAGCAAAAAUGUUUCUUUUCUGUUAUUUAAAAAUAUUUAAGCUGGUUUGGCUUUGUUCAUAACCAUUUGUUGUGGUUUGUUUGUGCUUUUUUUUAACUGUUGGUGGGAUCUUUGUACUGAGCUAUAAGUAACUGAAUAUUUUAUAAGAUGUGGUUAAUCUUUUAAAAUGUUUAUAUUUUCAGUAGUAAAACAAUAAAUGUUGCUGGACAGAGAA